CUGGAGGUGUUCAGAAGAUCCCGAGGUCUGAACCAACGACUAUGUCACAUGCAUGGUUGCGCUGUACUGCUACGCACCGGCUUCUAGUAUGCUUGCAUUCAUGGUAGCAUUGACUGUAGACCUGAGCGGUCACGUGCAUGCUUCUGUCUCGCGAGUUCCCGGAUGCAUGCACCGGAGCUUGCGCCGCGCUGUGCUGCGCUGCUUUUGUUUAGUUCCUGGUUGUUGGACUUUUAGUAGUGUUUUAGACUAGUUGGUGUGAACAGUUGCUUUUCGGAGUUCAUGUAGAAAGUUCAAGGUUAUUGUUUCUUCGAAUCGCUUUCCGUUGUGCACGAAUGUGGAAUGUGUCACUGUGUGAGUGUGCGUUCCCUUUAGUGAGCUUUUCUUAGUAACAGAAAAUUGGUAGCAGAGGAUGGUUGCUAAAAGGAAUUAGCUCAGCAGAUUGAUUGUGAUAGUGUUCGCGUUGCGAUUUGUAGCAGUGCGUCUCGAACCUGGAAUAGGGUGCGGAUAAUGGCAUCGUCGGAACCCACGACCUUGGAGUAUGCUGCGGAGCCGAGUGCUCAGGGAGAAUUGGAGGACGACUAUGAAGAAAGGCCAAAUUCGGGCCGCCGUCGCUCCUCAACUCCAGAGCGAGAGGAAGCAGCUGGGGAUCGUGGAGUGGGCCUAAACUCAGCGCAAGUGGAGAGCGAACUGAGAGUGAGAAAGGCCGCCAUCAAAGGGCAGUUCACGAGAGCGAGACGAGGCUUGCUAGUGCAGCUAAAUGCCGAUGGUCCAUGCGACAUCGAAGGGAUCUCGCAACAUCUGGAAGGCCUGACGGCACUGUACGAUGGAGCUACUAGUUUGUUGGCAGACAUGAUCGGCAGCUGCCAAGACGUUCGCCAGCGGAAUAAACUGGCAAGUGAGUUGGAAGCACUGGAGACUCAAUUUUCGGCGGCCAUGGACCGAGCGCAAGCCAAGAUCGAUGUCAACAAACUGAGCGAAGCCCAUCCGCAGUCACCGUCACAAGGCCGAACGGACAUCAUCUCGUCUCCUCAUGAGGACACAGUAUACACACUGUCUGGGAGUCAGCGUGGGAACCCGACAGAGACUGUCGGCGGCAAGACCAUUGUUCCUGUAAGUACAAGCACUCAGGUCGGUACUAGGACACUUGACGCGACAGGUAGAGCUAGUGCAAUGUCGUACACCAGCAUCAGUGAUCUGUCACUGUCAAGUGUGAGCGCCAGCCCUGUUCAGUCUGUACAUGACACUGUACUGCCUACCUCAGCACCAGUGACAACCAUCAAUGGCAUCACAGGUAGCAGCAGCCUCACUGCAGCCACUACCUUGACCACUGGCACUAGCAUGACUAGACCACUUGCCUCACUGGCUGCACCCAGGAGUGGUACUACCAGGCAGCCAUCCACCAGUCAAGCUGUGGCCAGCAGCCAGCCUGCAUUCAGUAGCAGCAGACUGAAUGCAGGGGCAAGUGUGUAUGUGCCAUCUGCACCAUCUGCACUGCCUGCUGCCAGUAAAGCCUGGCCAGGUGGCGCAACCAGUCCUUGGACACACAUGCAGCGCAUUGAGAUCCCCACAUUUGCAGGCGAUAAACGUAGUUUCGAGGCCUGGUGGGCUGCGUUCUCAGCGUGCGUGGACAAAUCGCCAGUGUCACCAGAGUGCAAGAUGCUCAGGCUGCGGCAAUAUCUGAGUGGCGAGCCACUGCGGACUAUCAAGAGUCUCGGGUACACUGCUGCGUCCUAUGAAGCUGCCAAGGACAUGCUCACAAGGAAGUAUGGCGGCGAGCGUCGUCGUCUGGCAAUCCAGCUUGAGGAGAUUGAGGAAAUGCGGCCAAUCCGAGAAGGAAAGCCACGGGAGCUGCAGCAGUUCGCUGAGUUGCUGAUGGUAGCAACUGUCCAGCUCAAGGAGGCAGGACGACAUGCGGAGCUGUUGGUCGGCACGCUCUAUCACUCCCUGAUGAAGAAGCUGGAUGAACGGAUCAUAGCGCGCUAUCAUCGCUGGCGAUAUGACCAUAAUAGAUCAGAGAGUGUAGAGUGCCUGUUGGAAUUUGUUACCCUGGAAGCCGAGCUCCUGGUGACGGCGGCAGAGACGGUAUCAGGUUUCAACACAGCGGCAAAAGCAGACCAGCCCCGCAGCUCGCAGGAUCAUCGUGCAAGAACGCUGCUUACCGGUACUCGCAACAAGUCAUCUCCAAGCAAGUGCCCAGCCUGCCAAAGCCAACACCCAGUCUGGAGGUGCCUGGUAUUUAAGUCGGCCACGCUAGAUGAACGAUGGCGCAUUGCCAAGGCCAGCAACCUGUGCUUUCGGUGCCUGGGCGCUGGACACCGUGGGCAAGAAUGCACUUGGGGGGACGCGUGUGGCAUAAGUGGUUGCAGCAAAAGUCACCAUCGGCUGCUGCAUAACGCGGAGAAGACGUCGUCAGCCUCGGGCACUGACACAGCAUCCGAAGACAGCAAGCCUACGGUACGCCAGACGCUCGCAACAUCAGUAGAGGGCAAACAGCAGCGUUCACGAACAACAAGCAACAGCAGGCAGUCGGAACCAGCGAUGUCCCUAGUCACGUGUCAGACUACAGAUGACAGCAAGGCAUUAUCAACAGCUUCCAAAGCGUCCAAGCUCAUCGCCGUGUCCAUGAGAACGGUGCCAGUGAAACUCAGGUCUGGUGGGAAAGAAGUGCUUGUUAAUGCACUGCUGGACGACGCAAGCACGGACUCAUACGUAAGUUCGCAUGUGGCAUGUGAGCUUGGUCUAACGGGAGAAAGACAACACCUGCCGGUGAAAGUGCUCAGCGGUCGUACUGAGGUGUUCUCAACAACACAUGUGACGGUUCAGCUCUGCAGUGUGGACGGAGAGACAUCGGCGACGCUGGACGCAUUCACAACCGACUCAAUCCUCGGCAGUGACAAUGCAGUGGAUUGGGUGCACAAGCGCCGUGAUUGGGCACACCUCCGCAACAUUCCAUUCCCAGCACUGCCGAACCGUCGACAGGUAGAUGUGUUACUCGGCCUUGAUGCAGUACAGCUUCAAGCAGCCAUACGAGAAGUCCAUGGGCAACCUGGAGAGCCGAUUGCUCGCCUGACCCCCCUUGGAUGGACCUGCGUCGGCAGGAUUGGCAAGGUCAAGGCAGACCCGGUAACCUGUCUUACACGGGCUGCGCCACACGACGUUCGGGAAAGUAUUGCGCGGCUAUGGGCCAUUGAAGAGUUUGGCCAGGCUCAACCGCAGCAGCCCACUCUUUCUGUGGAGGAGAAGGAAGCGAUGCAGGCUGCCAGAGAGUCCAUGCAGUGGAUCGCCGAUGGACGGUACCAGGUCGGCAUCCCAUGGCGUGCUGGUCGGCCAACACUACCUGACAAUUUCGCGGCUGCACUGAAGCGUCUGCAAAGCACGGAACGACGCCUAAGCCAGGAUGCAGCAGCAGCUACAGCUUAUAGCAACAUCGUACUGGAUUACGUCAAGAAAGGGUAUGUGCGAGAGGUCAGUAGCAGCGAGCUCAAGCAUGGUCAACAAUGGUUCCUGCCGCACUUCGCAGUCCUGAGACCGGAUAAAGCUACGACGAAGACCCGGAUGGUCUUUGAUGCAUCAGCAAAGUGCAAAGGCAUUGCACUCAACGAUACCAUGCUGCCAGGGCCGAAACUGCAACGCCAGCUGCCGAACGUGCUGACCCGCUUCCGGCACAAACCAGUAGGAAUCAUCUGCGAUAUCGCCGAGAUGUACCUUCAGGUUCAUCUCAGUCCAGAGGACCGUCCCUACCACCGAUUCCUGUGGCGAGGCAUGGAGCCAACAGCUGAGCCACGUGUGUACGAAUUCGAAAGACUCGUGUUCGGCGCCAACGCCUCGCCGUUCUUGGCUCAGUUCGUCUAUCAAGAACAUGCCCGAACAAACCGCCACAAGUACCCAUUAGCAGCGGAAACUAUGCUUCACUCAACGUACAUGGACGACUCCAUGGACUCGGCCACAGAUCCCAACGAAGGUGUGGAAAUGUAUGAGCAGCUGUCAGCGUGCUGGAAAGAAGCCGGAAUGCAUGCCAGAAAAUGGCUCUCCAACUCAAAGGUGGUCAUGGAGAAAGUGCCUCAGCAAGAUCGUGCCAGCCAGAUCGACGUGAGCUGCCCAGAGCUGCCAAGUGUCAAGACGCUGGGACUGCUCUGGUCGGCCGCAACAGAUAGCUUUACGUUCAAGCCGAACGUACCAGACCUGUCGAAACAAGUCACCAAGCGAUCGUUCCUGAGCGCAACGGCAAGCGUAUUUGACCCGCUUGGAUUCGUAGGCCCCUAUGUAGUGAGCGCUCGGCAGCUGAUUCAAGACAUGUGGCUUCUGGCGUUGGAUUGGGAUGAACCGCUUCCGGAUGUCCUAAGCCAGCGGGUUACGGGUUGGUACGCAGACCUAGCCGAGCUAUCUCACCUCUCGAUCCCACGCUGUUUGCAGGCAGUUGAGGCAGGCAGCCCUACCAGCAGGCAAAUCCAUGUGUUCACCGACGCCUCAGAAACCGCUUAUGGUGCGGUCAGCUAUCUCCGUUGUGUGUAUGAUGAUGGCCAUGUGUCUACUGCUCUCAUCGCUAGUAGAGCCCGUGUAGCCCCGCUUGCAGCCAUAUCGAUUCCGAGACUAGAGCUGCUAGCUGCAGUCAUGGGCAUGCAGUUGGCUAUCUGGUCAUCCGAUGUCCUCAGUCUACCAGCAAGUGAAGCAACCAUUUGGACAGACAGUCUGAAUGUGCUGUACUGGAUCCGGAACCGUGCGCGGAGCUUCAAGCCGUUCAUUGCAACACGCAUCGGAGAGAUUCAGCAGAGCACCAGUCCCAGUCAGUGGCGUCAUGUGCCGACUAAAGUGAACCCGGCGGAUGUUCUCUCCCGAGGUUCGUCAGCCCAGGCUCUGAUCCAUAACGAACUCUGGUGGUCGGCGCCGGACUUUCUCCGCAAAGAGGAAGUAGAAUGGCCAGCGCAGCAGCUUCAAGAGCCAAAGUCUACCGUCAACUUGGAAAAGAAGAGUGCAGACCCGUCGGGGCAGGCACCAGUCGUGCUAGCUACAGUGGCGGCUGAGGCCGAGGCACCUUGGAGCUUGAAUCCAACAAGGUUUUCUGACAUCAACCGUCUCGUACGACGCCGAGCAUGGGUGAUGCGUUUUGUGCAGAACUGCUCCAAGCCAAUGGAGCUCCGUGAGACUGGCCCAUUGUCCUCUGACGAGCUUGCGAGCAGCCGAGCUAGUGUGAUUGCGGCAGCACAAGAAGAGUCAUUGGAAGAGUACCGCUUGGUGAGAGAUGGAAAGCCUAUCCCAGCAUCAAGUAAGCUUGCGAAGUUACGACCAAUGCUGAAUGAUGAUCGACUGCUGUGUGUUGACAGCCGUCUCCGAAAUGCCGCGAUCCUGGACGAGCAAGCCAGAUGUCCUGUGAUUCUGCCGCGCGGACACUGGGUUACCCAGCUCAUUGUCAAGGAGGCUCAUGAGAAGAACCGUCAUGCUGGUGGCAUAAGUCAUACGCUGUCUGAUCUGUCACAGAAGUAUUGGCUUCUUGCUGGGCGAGAGGAAAUAAAGGCAUGGGAGAAGAAGUGUGCUCACUGUCAACGGCAGGCCGCGAAGCCAGGCACACAGAUAAUGGCGCCACUACCCACCGUCCGUGUGUCAUUGCCGCUGAGAGCAUUCUCGCGUGUCGCGGUGGACUACGCCAGACCUUUCACAACCAAGCAGGGACGCGGAAAACCUCGGGCGAAGAGAUACCUCUGCCUAUUCACCUGCCUUCAGUCCCGGGCUGUUCAUUUGGAAAUGGCAACAAGUCUCGAUGUCGACGGAUUCAUGAAUGCUUUCUUGAGGAUGACCAACCGGCGCGGCGUUCCGAUACAGGUCGUCUCCGAUAACGGCACCAACUUCGUCGGAGCCGCCAACGAGAUGAAGAAGCUUCUGAAGGCAAUGGAGGGAGAUGUGCAGCGUCGAGCAGCGGACAAAGGCAUCAAGUGGUCAUUUAACCCGCCGGCUGCUCCACACUUUGGUGGCGUACACGAGGCACUAGUGAAAUCUGCAAAGCGUGCCAUCUUCGCCAUCCUAGCAGGUGCGGAAGUGAAUGAUGAAGAAUUGGCGACUGCAAUCACCGGCGCAGAGGCGUUACUGAAUUCACGACCACUUACCUACCAGUCAGCAGAUGCCAGAGAUUUGCUGCCGUUGACCAAUCAUUUCCUUUAUGGACACCAGGGCCAGCCAUUCGUACCAAAGGGCACCGACAUUGUGCCGCACAGCCACCGUUAUCGCUGGCGAGUUGUCCAGAGUUUGGUCCUACAAGUAUGGAAGCGCUGGAUGACCGAGCUAUUGCCACUUCUCCACACUCGUGCAAAGUGGCGGCAGCCGCAACCAGACAUCGCUGUGAACGAUGUUGUGCUGGUUGUCAACACAGGAACACCCAGAGGUAAAUGGAAGCUGGGACGUGUGGAGGAGGUCUACCCUGGCGUUGAUGGACGGGUCCGAGUCGCGAAGGUCAAAGUUGGUGACACAUCGUUGGUCCGUCCCAUCGCUCAGAUGUGCAAGCUUAGCUCGGAAUAACGGUCAGAAGAGUGUAUGAUGAACAUGUCCGGUAACAAAGCUGAGAGUAAUUAAAUAGUGUCUGAGUGACUGCAAGUGGGUGCGUAUAACAUCGCAUUGCUUUGCCUACGUGACAUUAUCGGAUAGUUAAUAACGCUAUGCACAUGUAUGCAUAGGGUGUAUAUUAUUCUGGAGACUGCGCACUACAGCUGCUGUCAUCACUAUGUUUUUAGUAUCCGGUGUGAGGCACCGUAAAUGGCUAAAUUGUAGCGUUUCACUAUGUUUCAUCAUUAUUGCGAGUGCAUGUGUUACGGCUAUGAUUUACGCAUGUCGUUGUAUUUGGUUCUUGUCUUGUGGAGUCCAGUGUCUGAUGUCAUAUGGUCUAGGUGUACGCGCGAGUAUGGUGUGAUGUGUGACGUUUAUGGUAUGUGGUGCAUGCAGGAGUACGCGUUGUCAGAGUGUGAGGAUGUGCUUCCGUCUGUGUGAGAGUGACUGUCAAGUGAAUGCAGUACAUGCGCAGUGCUAGUUUGGUCUGGGAAUGAGAGUCGUGUGUGAUUCGUCCGUGGUCUGGUUGUCUUGGUCUUGGUCAUGUGUUCUGUACGUAUUAGUCCCUGAUUGGUCGUCACGAUUUGUCCUCGGUUUAUUACUGCUUGUUCUUUGUUGGUCCUCUGAGUCUUUUCCCGGGAGUCUUUCCUGUUGUCCUUCCUGUCGUCUCCAAGUUUCGUCUUUCUCCUCCUGUGCCCUUUCCGUUUGUAUAAGAAGUCAGAAACUCCACCAAGUUGUUUGAGCUGUUGUGUGACACGGGGGCCAGGGGGAGAAGGCAAUACCAUUUCCGUUACAGUGGCGCCCAACGUUCGCUCGACGCAGGGUACUGCCUCCGCAGCCCACGGCCCUGGGAUCGUUUUGUUUUCGCCGUGGCUUCAAUUCGUGCUCGCCGUUUCGAAAUAUAUGUUAUUUCUCUCGUCGACCAACUCACUUCACCGAGAUUGCUACUACGGCCAUGGAGAUGGAAAGGCGUUCGCCAGCCUGGCCUGCAGGCCCCUUACCCGCCGUACAAGCUUGCCAUACGGUCGUUCGUCAGGCUCACAACUACCCGACAACCAAGGGACCUACUGUUUCUUUUCUCUGAUGUUUGUCAUUUGUUCUGCCUGUUCUUUAUUUUCCCUGAGUCGAGAGUCGAGGUCGACUCUCCCCAAAAGAGAGGGCUAUGUUACGGCUAUGAUUUACGCAUGUCGUUGUAUUUGGUUCUUGUCUUGUGGAGUCCAGUGUCUGAUGUCAUAUGGUCUAGGUGUACGCGCGAGUAUGGUGUGAUGUGUGACGUUUAUGGUAUGUGGUGCAUGCAGGAGUACGCGUUGUCAGAGUGUGAGGAUGUGCUUCCGUCUGUGUGAGAGUGACUGUCAAGUGAAUGCAGUACAUGCGCAGUGCUAGUUUGGUCUGGGAAUGAGAGUCGUGUGUGAUUCGUCCGUGGUCUGGUUGUCUUGGUCUUGGUCAUGUGUUCUGUACGUAUUAGUCCCUGAUUGGUCGUCACGAUUUGUCCUCGGUUUAUUACUGCUUGUUCUUUGUUGGUCCUCUGAGUCUUUUCCCGGGAGUCUUUCCUGUUGUCCUUCCUGUCGUCUCCAAGUUUCGUCUUUCUCCUCCUGUGCCCUUUCCGUUUGUAUAAGAAGUCAGAAACUCCA